AUGGGGGUGAGGAGGUUAGUGUGGGUGAUGGGGGUGAGGAGGUUAGUGCGGGUGAUGGGGGUGAGGAGGUUAGUGUGGGUGAUGGGAGUGAGGAGGUUAGUGCGGGUGAUGGGGGUGAGGAGGUUAGUGUGGGUGAUGGGGGUGAGGAGGUUAGUGCGGGUGAUGGGAGUGAGGAGGUUAGUGCGGGUGAUGGGGGUGAGGAGGUUAGUGUGGGUGAUGGGGGUGAGGAGGUUAGUGCGGGUGAUGGGAGUGAGGAGGUUAGUGUGGGUGAUGGGGGUGAGGAGGUUAGUGCGGGUGAUGGGAGUGAGGAGGUUAGUGCGGGUGAUGGGAGUGAGGAGGUUAGUGUGGGUGUGA